UUAAAGGGGUGAGUAGGGCGAUUUUUCCCGGUGUAUAAUUGGGUAGUUUUCUCUGAAAAUCCUGUUAAUUGGUGUUUUACUUAUAAAUGGACAACACUGCAAUAGUGCAGUUGACGCCAUAUCUACUCCUGUUAUUUUAUCGAUAAAUUGCGUAGAUUCACAGUUUUAUAUGACGUCUUUAUUUUGUUUGAUCGAACACUUAGGUCGUGGAAAUCCAGCUCACUAUCAGGAAGAGUCAUUUGUGUCAUCUAGUUUGACGACAAUAGGUUUACAAAGGUUUAUGCAUUGCCGAAAGCAGUGGGACAUCAAUUGGCAAGCAGUAAGGGUGCUUUGUAACCAUCAAAAAUUACGGCCCUUCAGGUCGUGACUUUUCGUCUCCUCAGCCUCAUCUCCCGUCAUUCUGUUUUCUACAACAGGCAGGGAACGUGGCAGGCCAGUUUCUUGCAAUUCUUUUUCCACCCACAUCUUUAAAAACUUUCUGAUCCCUCCACUUGUGAAUUUCAAUUUUAACCAUGAGUAACAUCAAUGUCAAUCGUAGUCUUUCAGACCAAUUUUACCGCUAUAAGAUGCCAAAGCUUCUUGCCAAGGUGGAAGGAAAGGGCAAUGGCAUCAAAACAGUAGUGGUAAAUAUGGUUGAAGUAGCAAAGGCUUUGAACAGACCUCCAACUUAUCCCACUAAAUACUUUGGAUGUGAACUUGGAGCACAGACUCAAUUCGAUUUAAAAAAUGAGCGUUAUAUCGUAAAUGGCUCUCAUGAAGCUGCUAAGCUUCAAGAUCUUUUGGAUGGCUUUAUCAAGCGUUUUGUUUUGUGCCCUUCAUGUGAAAAUCCUGAAACUGUACUUACUGUCCUUCCCAAAAAAGGUGUAAUCAAUACCAAGUGUAUUGCUUGUGGCUACAGUGGACAGCUUGAUUCAACUCACAAGUUAACUACAUUUAUCCUCAAGAAUCCACCAGGGCAAGAUCCAACCAAAACCUCAAGUUUAUCUACUAAGAAAGGAAAGAGGAAGGGUAAAGAUGAGAAAACCCCUAAGAAACAACAAAAUGGGGAAGAUAGUGGAUCACACAGCCCUCAGCAUGAUUCUGACUUGGAGAAUGGAUCACCUGAAAAGGUAAAGUUGCAUAAGGAUGAUGAUGAUGACUGGUGUGAUGACACAGAUGCUGAAGCUGUGGCUAGGCGUAUGGAAAGUUUGACAUCUGGAGCCAAAGGUUUAAUGCUCAAUGAUGACUUGGAAAAAUCCCCCCAGGAAAGACUUGAUUUAUUCUAUGAAUUUGUAAAGAAACAUAAAGAAACUGGAACCAUAGAGAACCUGCAAAAAGAAUUGGUUGGUGAGGCUGAGAGACUUGAUAUCAAAGACAAGGCUGUGUUGGUCUUAUGUGAAUUGUUACUUGGAGAACAUAUAAUGCAAGAAGUCAAAACUCACAGGCUCUUGUUUUUAAGAUUUACACAUGGAAAUCACAAAGCCCAAAAAUACCUGUUGGGUGGUUUAGAGCAAGUAAUCAAUUUGCACAAAGAUUCUCUGAUGAACAAAGUUCCGCACAUUUUGAAACUAUUUUAUGAUACUGACAUCUUAGAGGAAGAAGUAUUGAUAGAUUGGUCGCAGAAGGUGUCUAAAAAGUAUGUGAGUAAAGAAGUGGCUCAAGAAAUCCAUGAAAAAGCUAAACCUUUUAUCAAGUGGCUCCAAGAAGCUGAAGAGGAGGAGUCAAGUGACGACAAUGAAGAUGAUGAGGAGGAAGUUGAAGUUGUGUAUAGCGAUCGUCACAUCAGUACAUCAAUAAGUGUUGAGAAAGAACAGCCAAAGCCUGUAAAACCUGAAGUCCCUGCUGGCAAUGAUGAUGAUGAUUUGGAUAUAGAUGCCAUAUAAAUUUUCUGCUAAUUAUAUGUCUAGCACAUACUUUGAUAUUUGUGAUAUUCUUUCUUUGAAUUGUAUCAUAUAUAAACUUUCUGCAUCCAAAAGAAAUGCUUUUUCAAAUUAAGUGUUUAAAAAUUGUUUGUCAAGUAGUUAUUUGGAAUUUUCAUGUUCUUUGAUUUUCUCAUUGAGAGAAUCAUUUUGGAAUGGGGCAUGGCAACAUGUCUUUGUUCCUUGUUUUAGGAAAAAAAUGUUAGUCAUUUUUCAUUGUAUUUUGUAAUGGUGUAAAAAGGAGCUUAAAUAAAUCUGCAACGAUAA